AUGACGGCCCCCGCGUUCCAAGCCCCCCCGCUCUCGGCGUUCUUCCGGAAGGAGGAAGAGCUCCUCGUGACGCAUGGCCUCGCGGACGUGCACACGCCCGCCAUGUUCCACCACUGGUUCGAGAUCGGCGAGCUCAUCGGCCGAGGCAGCGUCUCCAUGGUGUACGCCUGCCGCCACAAGACCUCCAACGAGCAGUUUGCUGUCAAGGUCAUCAACAAGCAGCUCUGCCUCAAGAAGAAGAGCCUCCGCGACGAGAUCGCGGUCCUGAUGCGAGUGAAGCAUCCCAACAUCAUUACCCUCGAAGCGGUCUAUGAGAGCGACACGGAGCUCUACCUCGUCAUGGAGCGGGCGACGGGCGGCGAGCUCUUUGACCGCAUCGUCCAAGUCGGUGUCUACUCGGAGCGCCAGGCGACCGAGAUCGUCGCGAACCUCCUUCUCGCGAUCGAGUACCUCCACGACCACAACAUCUUGCAUCGGGACAUCAAGCCCGAGAACCUCCUCUUGGCGACGAGCGACAGCCGCCAUGACAUCAAGAUCAGCGACUUUGGAAUCGCUAAAAUCCUCGAAGACGAAGACGACGAUAUGACCGGGUACGGUCGUGCCAACGUCCGCGGUCGCGCCUACACGAGCUGCGGCACCGACUACUACGUUGCCCCCGAAGUGCUCAACGACAAUGGGUACGACAGCAAGGUGGACCUCUGGAGCCUCGGCGUCGUCGUGUACAUCAUGCUCUGCGGGUUCCCGCCGUUCACCGAGGACGAGACGGGCAUGGAGUCGGUGUACCGCAAGAUCACGUCGGGCGUCCUCGAGUUUCCGGACCCGUACUGGACCAACGUCUCGGACAUCGCCAAGUCGUUCUUGCGCAACCUCCUCAACGUCGACCCGGUCCAGCGCUUUAGCGCCGAGCAAGCGCUCGAGCACCCGUGGAUCCGCGCGCGCACCAUGUCGGCGAGCCAGGAGCCGCUCGACUCGGCAAUACACGAGAUGCGCCGCUUCAACCAGAAGCGUCGGUUCAGCUAG